GCAGGCCGCGCCGCCAUGGGCGCCGCCCGCCGCUACCGGCUGUUCCUGCUGCUGGCGGCGGCUUGGGGGCCAUGUUUCUCGGGGGCGCUCCGCUCCGCGCAGCGGCGGUGGCCGGUGCCUUACAGGCGCUUUGAUUACCGUCCAAAAACUGAUCCUUACUGCCAAGCUCGUUACACCUUCUGUCCCACUGGCUCCGCAAUUCCGGUUAUGAAAGAAGAGGAUGUCAUUGAAGUGUAUCGAUUACAGGCUCCAGUAUGGGAAUUCAAAUAUGGGGACCUACUAGGACAUUUGAAAAUUAUGCAUGAUGCUGUGGGUUUCAAGAGCUCUCUAACGGGCAAAAACUACACAAUGGAGUGGUACGAGCUCUUCCAGCUUGGGAACUGCACAUUUCCACACCUUCGACCUGGCAUGGACGCACCAUUCUGGUGUAACCAGGGAGCUGCCUGCUUUUAUGAAGGAAUAGAUGAUGCUCACUGGAAGGAAAAUGGAACUUUAGUUCUCGUGACCACAAUAUCAGGAACCAUGUUUAAUGAAAUGGCAAAAUGGGUAAAAUAUGACAAUGAGACUGGCAUUUACUAUGAGACCUGGACAGUUCAAGCAAGUCCCAACAAACAGUCAAUAGUAUGGUUUGACUCUUACGAAUGCUCUAAAUUUAUACUGAGAACAUACCAGAAGCUAGCUGACUUAGGAGCUGUAUUUAAGAAGAUACAGACAAACUAUACCAGCAUAAUCUUAUUCAGUGGAGAACCUAUUUAUUUGGGAAAUGAAACAUCUAUUUUUGGACCUCUAGGAAACAAGACAUUGGCAGCAGCUAUAAGAGACUUCUACUAUCCAUUCAAACCUCAUCGGACAGUUGGAGAGUUUUUUGUGGAUCUUUUAAAAAUAAUUGAUCGUGUCAUCCUGAAUCGUCAGUUUUACCUCUUCUACAACUUGGAAUAUUGGUUUUUACCUAUGAAGUUCCCUUAUCUCAAAAUAAUUUAUGAAGAGGUCCCUUUACCUAUUGGAAGCAAAACAUCCUUUGGUGUAUAAUUGCUUACUGAAAAACUGAACUUGCCCUUAUGCCAGAAUAUCCUUAAGGAUUUUGAAGCGCUACCAUGAUGGUAUUAAAGUGUUGUAUGUUUCACAGCUAACUGUAGAAGUUGUGUUGGGAAGGCUUUGCUAUGUCUUUUUUUUCUUCUUACCUGCAUAAGUUCAUGAAUGCUUUAGCAUCUCUGACUUGGCCAGCUUCUGUGUACCCACGGACACCUGCUGCCUGAAGGUUGGCUGACGUGGCUCCUCUUGGCUAAACUCUACAGUGCCAGAGGGUGAAUGGGAGGCAGCAGACCCCUGCUGUGGUCUGUGGCACUCUCCACAUGUGGUGACAAACAGCACCUGGCCACCAACAGAGAUGGGACACAAGCAUUACAAGGACCUUCUGGUCUGACCGACUCAGCUAAUCCGUGUGUUGGCGCUAACAAACCUGAGUGCCUAGAUGUGUUCAAUUCCCUCAACGCAUGCCUUAGAGCAGUGUUUCUGUAUUUCUUUGGUUUGUACAACAACUGGGACCAAUGAACUGUUCUCUGGUUCAUGAAGUAGGUGUUCAGCAGGGUGGGAAGGGGCAGUGAAUCAUCAGAAAAUGUCAUGGGUGGUAUCUUGUCACCACUUUGCUUCCUUCACCUGCACUGUAAACACAAUACAGAUUGCUCUGACUUAA